AUGGGCCCUUCGUUCAGAGGAGGGGCUGGCAAGGCCCCUAAACAUGCCCAUAAGAAGAGGCUUCCUUCGGUAGGUCAUGAAAGCUUCCAAAAAGCAGCACGGAAGAAACCAAGGCAUCCAAAUGGCAGGAACGGCGUGAAUGGCAGGCGGCCGGCUCCCUUGAAGGAGAAUGUCGAAGAGUCUCAGCAGCAGCAGCAUGCAGAGUCUGAGCGAAAGCCACAACAGGCUCGACGUAAACGCCUUGUUGAUGCGGAUAUUGAGAAUGGUGAAGGGGACGUGGCUAAUGCACAGCAGCUCCAGCAGCAACAGCAGCAUUCGCUGAAGAACAAGAAGCACAGAAAUGGCCAUCCGCACCAGGAAGACCAACAGCAGAGACUGAAGGAUCAACUUGCUAACUCCGUCUUUGUGCGCAAUUUGCCGUUUGAUGCGACGGCAGAGAGUGUCACUUCAGCUCUGCAACAAUUCGGUGCAGUGACGAAGACCUUUAUUGUCAAAAAUGAUGCGGGAGAGGCGAAGGGAGCGGCUUUCGUGUACUUCGCUGAUGCUGUCUCAGCUCAGCGCGCCGUUGGCGCCUCUAGGGCGUAUGAAAAAGAACUAGAGAGGCUGUCGGGGCGGCAGCAGAAAAGGCUGUCUCAUCUGCUUGCUGCAAAACAGCAGCAGCACAUGCAGGGGCAGGAGCUGCUCUUGGAGGAACAGCAACAACAGCAGGCAGAAGCAGCUUGCGGUGCCUCGCUUUUCCUUCGGGGUAGACGCUUGCAGAUUCUUCCUGCCCUGGAUCGUCAACAGGCCAAGAGCCUUCCCCAAACGAAGCACCAAGCCAGAGCUACGGAGUCUGCGACAAAGAAGGGCCUUUCCUUGGCCUUUGAGGGCCUCCCCAGGAGGCCGUUUGAAGGCUUGGGGCCUUUAGAUGAGGCACUGGCGAAGGCGGCCUACGACGAAACGAAGGAGAAGCUGAAGAAUCCGAACAUCUUCGUCAACAAAAAACGUCUAUGCAUUCGCAAUCUGCCCAGUUGGGUGGAUGCGAACUUCUUAAGGGAGAAGGUGUCGAUGCUGUUGGGGCCUAUUCUCCAAUCCCAUUUCGAGUCCCCUACUGCUGAUGCCAUGACAGCAGCAACAGCCGGUCAGGACGGCCUUGCACAGGAGAAGCAGGAACAGAAUCAGCAGAAGGGUUCGACGAAAACUGCUCAUAGUGCGAAAAAGUGGAGAGCGAAGGCUGCUGCAGCCAUCACCAAGGUGUCGGUGAUCCGCGAGCCAAAAAAAGAGCGCCUUCGAAAGGAAACUUCGGGGGCCCCCGGGGCCCCCCGCCGUUCCCUUGGCUUCUGUUUCAUUGAUCUAGGGUGCGACUUUGCACAAGCUCUACAGCUGGUGCAUGCAAUCCGAGAUAGUCGGGGCUUCUUUCUGCGGCCUGGAGAUCUCCAAGCGCAGCAGCAGCAGCAACAGAGGGGCAUGGAGAGACUGCCGAUCGUGCAAUUUGCACUUGAAGAUGCGAGGAAGGUUAAGAUUAGGACUGAGCGCGUCAAAGCCUUUGCGAAUUUACUAAGGAAGCGUCAACAAGAAGCAGCUGCAGAGAAGGAGGACGGGGACGGGCAGAGGAAGUCGGGGAAAGCCUUGAAGAAGAAGACGUACAGCAGAGGUCAAAGACAAAGGGAGCGACGGAGGCAGCAAAGGCUGGCUGCUGAGCAGAGUGCAGCAGCAGGGGGCUCAAUCGAGCAGCAGAAGCAGCAGCAGAAGCAGCAGCAGAAGCAGAGGGAUAAGCCACAAUCGCAGCAGCCGAAGCAUCAGUCGCAGAUUACAAGAGGUUUUAGGGAGUUAAGCGAUGAAUAUGAUGGGGUAAGACUUUGGUCUUGA